GUACCUUGCUCGGAGACUCUUAAGAAAAGACUGUAUCUGCUGUAUGACGAUAUGAAAGGGAAGAUCAAGCUUGAGAUGUCCAAAGCCGCGUCUGUCACGUGCAUUUCGGAUUUCUGGAGCUCGAAAACUCAAGAUGCAUACAUAACAGUGGUCGGUCAAUUCUUAACAAACAACUGGGAAGUAAAAUCUUACACGCUAACAACGGAGGAAGUCGAAGAACGCCACACGACCAUUAAUAUAAAUGCAAAAUUACUUGAAAUUCUGCAUGAAUGGGAGAUUGACGGAAAAACUACAACUGUUGUUACGGAUAACGCUAUAAAUAUAACGAACGCUGUCAAAACUCUACCAAAUUUGACAGUGAAUGAGGGGACAACAUGUGCAGCACUUACCAUGCAGCUUGCGAUAUCCAAAGGAUUGGAUAUCGAAGAAAUAGUAACUUUUUGUCAAAAAGCAAGGAAGAUGAUCGGACAUUUCCGUCAUUCAAAUAUAGCAAAUGAAGCACUAAAAGCAAAUCAAGAGAUUCUCAAGAUGCCUGUGCUUAAGUUGGUACAAAGCGUUCCUACUCGUUGGAACUCUACAUUUGAUAUGCUUGAGCGUCUCUUAAAGAAUGGACGUCCCGUGAAAAGUGUCCUCGCCGACAGAUCUGUAACCAAGCUAAAAGUCGCUCAGAAUCUGGAAAUCUCAGAACACGAGUGGCAUUUUAUGGAGAAUUUUGUCAACGUGCUCAAGCCCUUACAGGUAGCAACCACGGUGUUAUGUGCUAAUAAUUCGCCCUUCUCGAUAGUUCGCCCAAUCGUCCGUUCACUGUUGGAGAAUCAUCUAAAUCAUAAUUUAUUGGAUGAUGAUUUGCUCAGCAAAUUCAAAGAAGUGGUAUGCCAGGAACUCAGUACACGGUUUGAGAUGGAUUGGAAUGAAUAUUCAACUGUCACUGCACGACAAAUCGGUUCAUUUUUCGAUCCGAGGUACAAACAUUUAUGCGCCGAAGACGUAGAAGCAAGAGAGGCCAUAAAAGUCACAGUUUGUAUGAUGCUUAACGAUGGACGCGAUUCUGCAGAGGAUAUUGAAAAGGCGGAAAAGAGUGCUCUGGAUUUCCUUUUUCAAACGCAACCAAAUUUGUUCACUGCUAAAGCCCAAUUUGCACGGUACAUUGCAGAACCACACGGAGAAAAAGACUUGGUUGGGAUAACAAAAAAAAUGGUCGCCUGA